AUGUCGCUGGCACCACGGAAACAAGAGAGAGAUUUCACUCCAGAGGUCACUGCCCUGACUCCAGAGGUAGAGAAUCUCGCAAAGGAUGGCAAGUUGUCUGAUGCUAUUGAAAAGAUCUCUGCGUUGGAAAAGCAGACUCGGAAUGCAGCUGACAUGCUUUCAACCGCUUCUCUCCUCACUCUUCUCAUACGUCUUUGCUGGGACGCUUCCGAUCUUGACGCUCUCAAUACUCAACUGACGCUCAUGUCGAAGAAACAUGGUCAGCUGAAAGAAGCUGUAGUACGGAUGGUUGACACGGCGAUGGAAUGGUUACCUGUGUUGAAGGCGCAAAAGGAACAGGGGAAGUUUCAAGGUGUGAAAGAUAGAUGGUUGGAGUUGGUCCAAACUUUGAGGGAUAUAACAGAGGGAAAGAUCCACUUGGAACUCGCAAGAGCCAGAUUGACAGUCAUGCUCGCAAGCUACCAUGAGAGUCUCGUAGCCACAGCUCCGACGGAUCUUCCAACUCCCCUCGUUGAGUCGCAGACGGAGAAAGAGACUGCUGGCGAGAGCUCCAAGGAGAAACCGAAGAAAGAGCCAGUGACAAAACGAGAUCAACUGGACGCUGCGGCGGAUUUGAUGUCAGACAUACAGGUGGAGACGUAUAGUAGUAUGGAUAAGAAAGAGAAGACGGAUUUCAUUCUUGAACAAAUGCGAUUGGAAAGUCUUCGAGGGAAUUGGAGCAGGGUCAGAGUGGGAUCAAGGAAGAUCAACCGUGUGUUUCUCAAAGAGGCCGAGAGCGUGGAGCUCAAGUUGAGGUACUACGAUCUUAUCGUACAAUUGGCUUUGCAAGAAGACGGUUUCCUCGAGGCUUGUAGUGCUUAUCAGGAAGUAUGGGAUACAGAGGAGGUGAAAAAGGACCAGUCCCGGGAGCUCAACGUCAUCGAAAACAUCAUCAUCUACGUCAUUCUCGCUCCUUACAACAACGAACAAUCCGACAUGUUACACAAACUCUAUGCAAACCCUGCUUUACAAAAAGCUUCUGUACACUAUGACUUACUUAAAUGUUUCGUCACGAAAGAGCUUAUGCGAUGGCCUGGUAUAGAAAGCAUGUAUGGUCCGACUUUACGAUCAUCACCCGUGUUUGCCGCCGACUCGUUGUUGGGAAAGAAGACGGGAUCGAACGCAGAGGGAAAGGCGGAAGAAGAUGUGGCUUAUCCAGGUAUGGCGAGGUGGAAACAAUUGCAUCAGCGAGUUAUCGAACAUAACAUACGCGUCAUUGCAGCUUAUUAUUCCCGUAUCACCCUCACCCGUCUGACAGAACUCUUAGACCUACCACCUUUAACCACCGAACGUACGUUGUGUAAACUAGUCACGGAUAAAACCGUCUUUGCGCGGAUCGAUCGACCGAAGGGAGUGGUGAACUUUCAGAAAAAGUUGGGAAUGCAUCAAGUCCUCAAUUCUUGGAGUGCGGAUGUAGGGAAUGUUUUAACUUUGGUCGAAAAGACUAGUCAUUUGAUUUCAAAGGAAUACGCAAUCCACGAAGCCAACCAAGGGAAAAAAGUAGGUGCAUAAAAAUUACGGUACGAGGAAUGAAGGUAGUGGAAUGCAUGACAUUUACAACCUUU